CCCAACAAGCUCGCGCCCACGAACAAGUACGACACCCCCUCAUCGCUGGUUUUUAGGUACUCAUCUUCGAAUCAGCCCAACAUGGUCAAGAAGCGAGCUUCCAACGGUCGCAACAAGAAGGGCCGCGGCCACGUCAAGCCCAUCCGCUGCUCGAACUGCUCCCGAUGCACACCCAAGGACAAGGCAAUCAAGAGAUUCACCAUCCGCAACAUGGUCGAGUCGGCCGCCAUCCGUGAUAUCUCCGAUGCCUCCGUCUUCCCCGAGUACACUGUCCCCAAGAUGUACCUGAAGCUCCAGUACUGCGUGUCUUGCGCCAUCCACGGCAAGAUUGUCCGUGUCCGUUCCCGGGAAGGCCGCCGCAACCGCGCUCCCCCGCCUCGUGUGCGGUACAACAAGGAUGGAAAGAAGGUCAACCCCCAGCAGACCGCUAAGACCGCCGCGUAAAAAAGCAGUUUUAUAGCGAGAGAGGGGUUACGAGUUCGAAGGUCAUCUGGCGCCUCGGUAUGGAUUAAAGGGGUGCUUUUCGGAAACUCUUAUGGAAAAUAACAAAUGCACGAAUCCAAAGUUGGAAUCACAGAGGGCCCGAAUGUGACGACCUACGGCUGCAGACGCUGACCUGAGUUUCGGUUCACCGUCGAAGGGUAGCUAUGAGCUCGUAAAAACGAGUAUCCAAUUCGAUCUGCAUGACAAUUGCGAGAUACCCUUCUGGUGUAAUAUGAAUCUGGAACGAGAUCUUCGCGGCUGUCGUAAUUCUACAUGGACACAUGACAAUACAAGCACGGAAACCAAU